UUGAGGGCUAUCUAGAUAAGUGUCAAUACGCAUUUAUAAUUUAUGAUUAACUGGACUUAACUAAGCUAGCGCCAUUGCACGUGCGUGUCAGAAGUAAGGCUAAAAUACGGUAAAGAUAAUGGUAAUGGUUAAUGUUUCCCACCAGAGUGUUCCUUCUUGGUCGUCCUAGUCUUUGUAUUUAUUGAUCGGAUACAAUAUGAACAUUGCACCCUUGAAGAAGGGGGUUACCAUAUGCUUACGUUUUACACAGUUGCUUUACGAGCGUUAGCCAACUAGCUCCAGUCGCAUCCUUUUUGUAGUGCUAUAUAGCUAUUCGCAUACAUAACCCAUAACCCUCAGAGGUGGGUGGGCGUUUGGAGCGCGGCGUCUAGAGCAUAAUUAAAACAUGGCGGACUCGGAGGAAUUUAGACUUAAACGAUUAAAGCAUGAGGAGCAUCUGUCCAGAGUGUUCGAUGAAGUGAUGGGGCUGGGAGAGUUUGCUGACUCCUCCAGGGGCUCUGCCACAUCUUCCAGGAGCGGUGGCCAGGACGAGACAAAGGGAGCAGAUGAAACUUCAGUACAAGGAGAACACCAACUGGUAGAAGAAGAGGAUAGCAACUGCAGCAGACAAGAGGAGAAGAUUGAUGAGGAGGUGGGAGACUCAUGCUUUCCUCGUAUUUCUUCUUCUUGCUCUGGUCGACACUCCUCAUUUACCAUGGGAACCAACGAAGGAGGAGGUGGAGGAAGUGGAGCUGCAGCAUUUGAUGAUGCACUGGAUGGCCUUCCCUCAUAUGGGCCAGAAGAAGAUGAUGAAGACUGGCACUUUGCCUUGCCUAUGGGCACCCUGGAGGAUGUUGACUUGGGUAAGACAAAUGGAGAAAAAACCCAACCAGGAGGAGGGAACAAUGUAAUUCGAGGUGAUCCAUUUGCUUGCGAGCCCAGAGAGGAAGAGGAGGAGCAAGAGCAGGAAGGGAGCAGUGGGUCUGCAAACACUUCCCACUCCUCCCAGGAGCACACACCUGACAACAGCCGAGAUGGUGGUAUCCUGAACCAGACAGAAGGCAACCAGCAGGAAGAGAGGUCAGAGGCAGCUCCAGUGGAGGACAAUAAUCCCCCGAUGUCUCCUAGUAUUAACAUUAAAGACGAGCCCAUUGAUGAGGGAUAUGAUGCUGCUCUGCUGCCUCAGAGCUCCAUCAGACAGAUAAAGGAGGAGCUGGAACAUCAGGAGGAGGAGCUGAGGAUCAGCUCUGUCUACUCUGUAGGAGGAGCAAACACCUUUGUGUCACCUGCUGUGCCAGCAGCAUUCCCAGCUCCUCCUCCAGCAGCCAUUUUUAUCCCAGGUAGAGGUGCUGUCCUACAAGCCAUGACUCCCCUUCCUGUCCGACCACCAGCUCCAGUGCUAGUGCCAGCUUCAGUAACAGCUCCGCCAUCAGUACCCCCACGCCCACCUCAGCCCCCAGUUCCUGGUAGUGUUCGCUGCAGUGGCUGCUCUAAGGUUCUGCUGAAAGGCCAAACAGCAUUCCAAAGAAAAGGUUCGACGCAGCUGUUCUGUUCUACAGUUUGUCUGACUGGCCAUCUGCCUGUAGCCAAUAGGAACCGAUGCUGUUCCCAGUGCAACAGGGAAAUCCUUCAGCCCAGGGACAUGAUCACUAUUCCAGCAGAUGACAACACCUUUAUGCACUUUUGUGGCCAGUUCUGUCUGUCUGUCUUUAGACACAAGAAGGAACAUGCUGAAAAGAUUCUUGACAAAUGGACUGACAAACGGCUGGAGAGAAAACCUGAGAAGCUGCAUCAGAAACAAGUGGAGCGCCAGCCUGAAAAACCCUUUUGCAGUGUUUGUAAAGUCACUAAUAAGCAGAUUGAGCAUGAGGUCACCCAUCAAGGUCGUCUGCACAGGCUCUGUAGCGAUGCUUGUUUUGUAACGUGGCGUAAGAUGCGUCAGUUAGCCAUGAAUUGCUGUGAAGGCUGUGGACUUUACUGUAAUAGCAACUCAGGCUCCUGUCAAACACUCACGAUUGAAAGAUCUCAGCUCAACUUCUGUGGUCCUACCUGCAUUGGCACCUACAAACAGUCCUGCAGAAAGACAGUUGAGUGUGCCUACUGUCAAACAUUGGCAACAGUGUCCUCCACCAUCAUGGAACGUGACCAAAGGGGCAAAGUUCAGCUUUACUGUUCACCUGCUUGUGUGGAACAAAGUCGACCUCCCCGACAUACUCUCUCUGGCACUCCAUUCCCAUGCUCCUUUUGCAAGGUUUCAGCUGUUCCUCAGUAUCACCUGGCCAUGGUGGACGGUACCAUUCGUAACUUCUGCUCAUAUGACUGUGUUUCUAUAUACAGGAAGUCCGGACACCCCUCUCAGCCAGACCUGACAAAUGGAACCUCCUCUCUCAGGGAUGCCCUCAAACCUGCACCCUCUGCUGGAGCCAGUUCAGUGCCUCCCAUCCCUCAAGACUGCCAAUCUUCAGUCCCCUACCAGGGCCAUCAUCCUAGUCAUACCUCAGUCCCCCCAUUGCCCCCCUACCCUGCCAUGACUUCCCCCUCUAUCCCAGGGCAAACCCAAACCAGAGCACCCCCUGAUCAGACCCUGAAACCAGCAGAGGGUCAUGCCAGUGAAAGCUCCAAACUGACCUGCCAUCUGUGCAAUAAACAGUUCAACACCAAGCCUUUGCUGUUCAGUCACCAAGGUCGAAUUUCUAUGUUCUGCAGUAAUAUGUGUUGUGAGCAGUAUAAAACCCAGAAAAAUAUCCUGGCAUUAUGUGAGUACUGUAAACAGGAGAAGGUGCACUUUGACACCAUCCGCUACAGCCAGCAGGACCUGGUCUUUUGCAGUGAAAGCUGUAAGCUACUCUUCAAACAUGACCUGAUUUCUCGUAACAAGGAUCAUCCCUGGCGUCCUUGCACCCACUGCUCUAGCAUCAGCCAGAAGAUGCUGCACAGCCACUACGGAGGUAGAAUGGAGGAGUUCUGUAGACCCCACUGCAUGUCUCAGUACACUGUCCUCUACUAUGGGAUGGGGCGAUGUGAUAGCUGUAGGAAACAGAGCUACAUGACUGAGAAGCUGCAGUGUUUGGGUUCAGUCCGUAACUUCUGCAGCCUGCCUUGCCUGCUGCAGUACUGCUACCUGCAUUUUGAGAUGAACCAGCAUACGAGCAGCAACAGCACUGGAAGAGCACUACAAACACCAUAUGCUCCAGCCCAGCCCCACCACUCCUCAAAGAUGAAUCCUGUUAUAGCGGAUGUUGUCUCAUUGGCCAGUGGCUCUGCCACUCAGCCCAGUGUGUCGGCAGACACUGCUCUGACCGGAGCACUUCCAACGUCCAACAUUGAUGGCAAGAACCUCGACCAUGCCAGUACUCAGACAGACGCCAUGCGUGUGCCUGUGUCCCGCCGACGCCAAAUGAAGAACAAGUCAGUUCUGUGUCGACCCUUCACUAUGGACCAAGAAACCUCUUGUCAGCUGCCCACACCUUCCACAGAACCAGCAGAUACCUCCUCACCAAGAGAAGAGAAUGUGAAGAUGGUAAUGGUACCAGUCCCAGUACCAGUCUUCAUUCCAGUGCCUAUGAACAUGUACUCCCAGCACACACCUGUUCCAAUGGCUAUGCCAAUACCUGUUCCCAUACCCAUGGUAGUACCACCACAGAUCAAGGACAUGAAAGAUGCAGCGAUCCAAUCAGAGCCUUUCACUGCGAAGGAAGAAAACCUGAAACAUCCCUCUGUUUCCCAAGCUGACCAGGACAGUUCUUUCAGUGGAGACAUGAAGCCAGAGGUGGUCAUUCCCAUAAUCUGUGAAGACGAAGUGACUCAAAAAGCCGUACAAGCCGACCUGCCUUUUACUGGAAGUACAGAGCAGAGCACAGAUCAUCCCCAGCUUAAUACCCAGCCAGAGGGGAACGCGACAAGCGACCUGCCUGCCGCUAGUGCUGAGCAUCAACCUCCCUCCUCUCCAGUGAUGGACUUGGAGACUGAUUUCCCAGCUGAAUCGACGUGUCAGAAGUUGUGUGCUCCCCGGCGAGGUGUUAAAAGACCCAGAGAGGGUUUCUCCAGCCGGAAACGGGGACGUAGGCAGACUGGUUCACUGGACCGCACUGCAGUGGUGGCUCCAGCUCCCUCCAAACUGAACCACCUGUAUGGGGUUAAAGCCUGGAGGAGCUGGGUCCAGCAGCGCAACGAAAAACCACAAGAAUUGGACAUUAAAGAGGACAUCCUUCAGUGUGACUCAGCCGAGCUGAGCUUUGCUCUGUCUCGCUUCGUCAGAGAAGUGAGACGGCCAAACGGAGACACCUACAGCCCAGACAGCAUCUUCUACCUCUGCCUGGGGAUACAACAGUUUCUGUUCAUGAAGGGCCGCAUAGAGAACAUCUUUACUGAUGCACUGUACAGUCAGUUUGUCAACGAGAUCACUGGGAUGCUGCGACAGUGGAAACCUAAACAACUACCAAGUGGUGGCCUUGUUACUUCCCGUGUUGAGGAGUCCUUCUUGUGGGAGUGUAAGCAGUUGGGCGCCUACUCACCCAUCGUGUUGCUCAACACGCUGCUCUUCUUUUGCACCAAGAAUUUCUGCUUCACCACGCUGGCACAGCACAAAAGGCUCUCCUUUGCUAACUUCACUCGACGCUCCAAAUCCUGCAGCCGAGCUGGCAAAGUCCAGUACCUCCAUCACCAGAGAAACAGCACAGCCACACACAGCCGGGAAGAGACAGAGCGAAGUAAAAGACGACGAGCAGAGAACGGUGGAGACCUAGAGAUGCUAGAAAAUGUCACAAACCCUCUACGCUGUCCUGUCAGGCUCUACGAGUUCUACCUCUCUAGAUGCCCAGAGUCAGUGAAGAAGAGAACUGACGUGUUUUACCUCCAGCCUGAAUGGAACGUCAACACACACAGUUCCCACUGGUAUACUUGUGAGCCGUUAGAGAGCUCCACCCUACAGAGCAUGCUCACACGCAUCUUGGCUGUCAGAGAGGUUCAUCAGGGAGAGGACGCAGCCUCUGAUGAUAACCGCUUGCAGUGAUAUGAAGCUCUGCCUUUGUCUGCAACUGAAACUUUGUCUGAUGCCAAACAGUUCACAGCUGAAUUAAAACUGUACGUACCCACAGCGGUCAUUUGAGACUGAAGCUGAUGACUCUGUAAGACCCUGACUGCCAGAACUCACAGAAAUAUAAAACCAGGAGAGAUCUUUGUAAGGAACUGGGACUGUGGGAUAGUUGUGUCUAUUUACCUCAGUGGUCACCCCCUCCUCACAUGAGCACGCAGCUCAAGUUUGCAAACGUCUGAUACGGUCAAAUAUGGAUAAGGGUGUGUUCAUUGCAGACCCACUCUUCUUUUCUCAUCGGUGUCACAAACUGAUAUUUAUGCCCAUCAUUUCUCAUUUGGUAGGUUUGUUCAUGCUAAACCUGUCAGAUGUCCUUUUAUCACAGACUGGUCAUGAUAACAGCCAGAGCUACCGUAGACAACGAGAGGACUGUUUUACAGUUGGUGCCCUCUUUGCAUCA